UACAAAAACCCCUUACCACGUGGAUGAGAAAAAAAAUAAAAAAAUGAUCAUACAUUAACUAAUGAAUUUUUUCAGGAUCAAUCUAUGCGUCCCCUUCUCUCUCUUCCAAAAUCACCUCCCUCACCCGUGCCCCCAAGUCUCAAUCCCUACCGCAAACCACUCUUGCCGACACUACAGCCCACAAUCACUCAAAUGCGCCAGAGCUCCGAGAAAUCCAAAACUCUCACCCACGACGGAGUUCCCGGCCAGCAGAUGGAUCUAAACAUCUACUCUGAUGAUAAGCUUACCGGACUGGAUGGGGAAUCACACUGCAGCUUGGCGGUGUUCACAGGAGACGAGAGCAGGGGAAGAUCAGGGGCCCGUGAUCGGGUUGAGGAAGAGUUUCAGCAUCGUUACUGCCGACUGCGGAAUCGGCGACAAGGGCGAAAAAGCAAGAAGCUAGCAUUUGUGGCGGUGUCGGCUUCUAAUUCUUCUUCUCUCCUCCACUGCGACGACUUCGUUCAAUCCGCCAUCAGCCGGGCCUUCAAUACAUGAAUCGAAACCCAGAACCAGGGUUCCCAGCGGCGCUUCGUUCGAGCUUUGAGGAAUGACUGGAUUCCAGCCGUUUCAAGAUCGGGAACGAAACAAUCAGGUGCAGAUCUAGUAUCCGCAGAAGCCACACAUCAAAGUCGCCUGACCAAAAAUGGAAGCGUGCCAAGACUACUUUCUCCUCUCAAUUUCGUCUAAUCGUGGCAGUGAAGCAUAGAGGCAGAGUAAGGGUAGCAGGUGUGGCGGCGACACUGCUUUUCGGUAGAUUUGGAAAAGUGGAGAAGAGGAAUGCAGUUCGCAGUGGACGGAAGCAGCAACGUCGGUGGAUUGCGGUCGGUGAACUCCACCUCUCUAUAUCCAGUUGUUGGCGUCUGCUAUUGGAGAGCAGCAUACCGACAACAGACUAGCAGAUCUAAACAAAUCUGUUAUGGGGCGGAAAUCCCGAAUCCCUCGCCGGCCCGAGUCUUCCUGAUCUCUGCUUCUAUUCCCCCCUCGUUUGUUAGAGACAUGGGAUCAACCUAAUAUGCAAGUUUUUCCUUCAAUCGAUCUGGAUUCAGAGCACCAAAUAGUUCAAGAGUUGGUGAAAGUGCACGAAGAUGAAGACAAGAAUCAAGAUGAUGAUGAUGCGGGUUGAAGCUGGCGAUGAUUGUGUGGCAGGAAGUCUUCAAUUAUGAAGGGGAUUUGAGGAAAAAUCGAUUUUUGUUUUGAUUUUGGAAGCUUCAAAACCAGCGAGAUUUGUAAAAGGAUUGCCAGAUUUUUUUAAUUCAAUUUUGUGAUUAAAUAAAAAUAAAAAAAAAUU